AUGCUAUCAUCCAAUAGGUUGGAUGAUCGUGUAAAGGCUUCAACAGACUUUUUCAAGUUGUUUGUUGAUAAGGAUUACUCUACUGAGCUGUACGCUCUGUUGGAGCAGACUGCUGCUUCAGGCCCAAGUCUGAUGAACAUCUUGUUCAACAUUGCUCUGGGUGCCGUCUACUGUAUACCAGAGAUUGGUAACUUUGUGGCGUUGGGCAUGGCCACCAUCUGGACCGUGUUGCAAGAGGUCUCCAAGAAAGAGAGCAACACGUCAGAGUUGGUUACCACCUUCAAGAAGCAAAUCCAGGCCAUGGUUGACAGGUCCAUCAACAUCUAUGACUCUGAGACACUCCUUGCCCAGUACAAGCACUGCUCCACAUACGUGGUCAAGUAUGCCGCCGACGUCAGGAAUCUCAAGAAGAAACCAGCUGAUGCAAAGUUGAGAACUGAGCUGAGGGAGACAAUCAAGUUGGCACUGGACAACCUCCAACAAGGUAUUGAGUUGUCUUCGAAACAAUCGUCCGCCCAGUCAGAGUUGUACAUGUACACUUUGAUGGCCACAACUCGUUUGUUGUUGUUGCGUGACUUGGUGGCCAAUGGCACGUCAUGGGACAUACCAGCUGCGUCAAUCACCAGCAGCUACAAGCCCGAGCUCAAGUCUUGUAUCCUAAACUACACAAAGUGGUGCGUUAACACCUACACAUCUGGCAUUGACAAGGUCAAGGCUGGUGUCGCUGACGAUGUCAACUUGUUCAACCGUCUCCAACAGUAUCGCAACUGGAUGAUCACCAACGUCUUUGACGUUGUCUCGUUCUGGCAGUAUCUGGACAGCACCAAGUUCCCAAAGGGUGUGGUAAUCUCGGAGAAGACUCGUCUGCUCCUCAGUGACACAGUGGGCUGCCCAGUCAACACACCCGGCGGCGUCAACUAUGAUUACUACACGGCUACGUGCACUAAUCUACUGGCUAAUCUUGCCACCAACAAGUACUACAUCUUCCGUGGCGAGCAUGAGAACCUCUACUUGACCAAGGACGAGGUCAAGCAUCGAUUUGUCACCAUCUCCAACGGCUUCCGCAAGAAUGUCAACCUUCAAACCAUCACCAAGGACUCCACUGUCACCAACCCAACGGCGGUAAACACUGAGGACAAGGUGGGCUCGAGUGAGUCUGAGGAGAAGGUCACCAUCCGCUACGACAUCAUACCCAAGUCGAUCGAGAUGAGUAUCGCCGGUUCGAUCAAAUGUGUCGAUGACAUCAACUGCGCGUCGUGGGACAGUGGCUCGCUAGUCAAGAAGUGCCAGGCCGAGUUCUCGUGGCAUCGUCGCAUGAACCAGUUCAAAUUUCCCAACAUCGAUCACAGCAAGGAUUACUUCAUGGUCACGGAGGCCUAUGCCGGCGGUCGCUCUGGCAACGAAGCUCGCUACAACUACGUCAAGAACCUCCCAUACAACCAAAACUCGGCCAGCACACUCUCACAGCCGUACCACAAGGUUCAGGCCAUCUGGUCUUGGGGCGUCAACAUGGAUCAAAACGUGCGCGCGGCAGGCACUGUCGACUCGGCCUUUGUUUCAUUCGCACCAGUCGAGCUCUUCAUGAGGAACUGGAUCUAUUACCAGGCACCAGCGCACGCCUUUGACGCUGUCAAAUAUGAUUAUCUGAAUGGCUCAAUGGAGCAGGAGUACUUUGGACCAGGCAUGGCAGCGCUCUGUCUAAAGACAGGCAACAAUGCAACCUACAACUUUAUGCCAACCAAAUGGGUCAGUGGCAAGAAGAUCAGAUAUUACAUCCGAUUCGUGGUCAAGAGUGUUGGGGCUGGAUCAUACCAGAUCCAAACAACGACCCAGGUUGGAGUAACCACCACAGUCGCAGUUGCAGCCAAGGAGGAUGCAUCCGAUGUCAAGGUCGCUGGCGGUACUCUCUGUCCGAUCAUUAUAGAUGGUUCGACGGAGGUUGCCAUCAACAUUAUCAACAAUGGAACUGUGCCGCUCUACAUCCGUUCGAUUCUCCUUGUUAAGGAUAAGGAGGUGACUACUGCAGCCUAG